CUACACUACUUGGUUGUGAAAGAUCGGCUGCAUAUUGGAAACAAGUCCUACUUGAGAAGAAUUACCUUCAGGUUUCUCUAUGCUUCUUAAAUCAGUUUAUGGCACUAACAGACAUUGCUAUGAGUUAUCAGACAGUCUCCAUAAAGAUCAGUAUUAUAUGUUAUAUUGCUUUGAAAAUUAGUGAAACUUUUUGCAUCAGGCUUCAUUUUUCUUGUUCUCCUCAGAUGCUCAAACUAAUUUUUUGCAGCCACAAAGUUCAAUGUAAAUUUUUUCAGAACGCAUUGAUCCUGGCCAAGUUGACUUCUCUAGAAUGUUGCUAUGCAGUGAAACCCCCUUUCUCCUAAGUCUUUUGGAUCUUACUGCCUAUUGGUGGAGUCCAGAAUAGGAUGGCUUCUUCAUCUUCUUUUGUCUCUCAAGAGGAGUUCCACAUAUUCCAUUCCAUUGACCGAGAGCUCUACACCAUUCUUGUGAUGAACCUCUGGCGAGAUCCAGUGGAGUCUAUUCAAGUUAUGGCCUUAUGGCUUUGGUUGGAGAAAUUGGGAUUUGAUAAUGUUGUGAAGAAGAUGACAUCCUUGCCUUACAUUUUGAUCAAUGAACUUGCAGACGAGGCUAUAAUAUGCCUCAACUGCAUUCACAGGAACCUAACAUCUUCCUCAUCCGAGAACUAUGAUAUUCCUCUCCUUCAAGUGCUGGUGGAGAAAGAGAUCUCUCUCCCGUUUUUCCUCGAUGAUCGGCUAAAUGGCAUUGCAGGAGUCGCGAAAAUUGUGAACGAUGUAUGCAUCAGAGCAUUCUCAGAUAUAAUGCAGAAAGCCAUUGAAAGAAAUGCUGCUCAAAGCUUAGCAGAAAGCCAGAUGGUAAUGCCAUCUUCGAUUCAGCAGUCCUUAGCUGUUCACUCAGGACUCCAUCUUUUGGGUGCUGCUGGAGGCGAUCUGAUUCAUCAGCAAACCUCAGGAAAUCCUGAGAUUCCAGCAGAUGACAGGACCAUGUUUGUUACAUUCUCCAAAGGCUAUCCCGUACAAGAAUGGGAAGUGAGAGAGUUCAUUACAAGAUCAUAUGGAGAUUGUAUAGAGUCAUUGCACAUGCAAGAAGUGCAACCACAUGAGCAAGCCUUGUUUGCUCGUAUUGUUUUUCACAAGGCUUCAGCCAUGGAAAUGAUACUCGGCGGCAUCGGAAAGGUAAAAUUUACCAUUAAUGGUAAGCAUGUUUGGGCUCGAAAGUUCGUACCAAAACGUAACAAGUCCUCUUCAUUGCUGCCAUCGUUGAUGCCAUCUCAUUUGCCCGCCGGCACCUCAUUCCGGCCUUGAAUUUUCUUUCCCUCCUGAAUCUCAUGUUGUCUAGUUAUUAAUGCAUUAUUGUUCGCCGUUCAAACAAUAAUUUUUUUUUUUGAACUAGUCCUAAACUAUUUAAUGCAUAGAAAUAUGUAAAUUUUCUAAAUGAAUAAUACUCAUGCUAA